AUGGUGGAUUUUGGAGAGAUUCUGAGGACCGUCGGAGACUUUGGUCUCUUCCAGAAGGUUGUCAUUCUUGGGUUAUCCUUCCCACAUUUCUUACUACCAGUUUUCUUUUGUAGUCUUCUUUUCGUCGAGUCAGAUCCAGAGCGACAUUGUAACACGGACUGGAUCUUCAGAGCUGAUCCUAACCUGACCACAGAUGAGCAGCUGAACCUGACUCUGCCCCGGGAGGAGGAUGGGACCUUCAGCAGGUGUCGGAUGUUUGUCCCUGUGGACUGGGACAUUGGUGUCAUCAGGAAGUAUGGACUCAAUGAGACAACAGGGUGCAAGAAUGGAUGGGUGUACUACAACACUCUUUAUGAGCACACAAUAGUCACUGAUUUUGACCUUGUCUGUGACAAGUCUAACAUGGCUGAAGUUGCGCAGACAGUCUUCAUGACUGGUUUACUUAUUGGUUCAUUCAUCUUUGGACCGACAGCUGAAUCGUACGGUCGGAGGAGAACCACCCAGCUACCAGUUGUCCUCCAGCUAAUAUUUGUCUUAAUGGUUGGUGUGUCUCCAAAUUUCUAUGUCUAUAUCGUGUCACAGUUUGUAGUUGGAGCUGCACUUGCAGGAUUCAGAAUUAACAGCAUUGUAUUAGCUACCGAGUGGAUUGGGGUCACCAAAAGGUCCUUUGCCUCCUGUAUGAGCCAAAUGUUUGGAGGUCUUGGACAGUGUGCCAUGGCUUGUCUGGUCUAUGCUAUUCGUGACUGGAGAAUAGCACAGUAUUUUAUCGCAGGAGCACUGGCUUUUGUGUCCUUGUAUAUAUGGUGGAUGCCUGAAUCUGCAAGAUGGUUGCUGGGACAAGGAAGAACUGAAGAAGCUAAUAAGUUGAUUUGUAGAGUUGCAGCAAUCAAUAAAAAGAAAAUCCCAGAGAAUCUGUUCGACAAGGUAACUGGGGAACAAGAAAUUCAGAGUGGAGGCAUCAAAACAAUAUUUACUUCAACAGUCCUGAUGAAAUAUCUCUUCAUUAUAUCAUUUGCCUGGUUUUCAUUAAAUCUAGGCUACUUUUGCCUCAUUCUGAAUGUGGGUAAGUUUGGUCUGAACAUCUUCCUGGUUCAGUUCCUAUUUGGGAUCUCUGAGAUUCCAGCACAUCUCCUCUGUAUCUGGGUUCUGGAGUUUCUGGGGAGAAAAAAAUCCCUGAUAUCAACCCUCCUGACAGGAGGUUUUGUUUGCCUCUUGACCCUGGUUUUCCGUCAAGGGAGCGCUGUUGUUGUCACAGCCCUUGUGACCACAGGAAAGUUCUUUUUGAACUGGGCUGGUUCAGUAUGUAUGGUCUACAUUCAGGAGCUGUUUCCCACUUCUGUCAGGCAAACAGCUGUUGGCUUGGGCUCCAUAGCAUUUAGAAUAGCAGGAUUGCUGUCUCCGUUGCUCAACAUGUUGGCCAUAUACCACCAGUCAAUACCCAUUAUAGUCUUCAGCAGCCUUACACUGGUCAGUGGAGCUUUUGUUCUUCUCCUUCCUGAGACCAGCGGAAAAGAACUUCCUGAUUCAACUGAUGAGGCUGAGGGCAACAGUAUUAUUACCACCAAGAAGAGUGAAAGUGACUCCAACAUGGCUGACGAUAAUGGCGGAAAAUCCACCAAACUCUAG